AGUCACAGAAACCAUUCAACAAUUUGGUCCACCUGAAUCGACGUACAGUCAUUACUGCGAGACUAAUAUACAUCUGUAAUAUUUUUUUAAUUAAUUAUAUUUUUUUAAUGUUACGCAAGAUACGCAGGCAUUAUGGAGCACACUCCUGCGCCUUACGGUCCCAGAGCGGUGUACGGAUAUGCAAUGUACAUAGGCGCGAAUAUGAUUUUCCUAUUAUACGUGAUAUGGACGGUGGUGCCGGACGAAGUGCUGCACGAUUAUUUCGGUCUGACUUACUGGCCGUCAAAAUAUUGGGCGGUCGCGAUUCCCAUAUGGGCGCUAACCGCCCUCGCUACAUUCGCCUUUCUGAUCUAUCCGGCUAUCAAUAUGUCAAUAACUCCGGAUAUCGAUGAUAUACGCACCAUCACGGAUAAAUACGCCCUGCAAAAAACUGAGACUACUCCAGGCGGAAUACCAGCUGUCUCUGAUAUACCCAUUACAGAAGUUUGCAGGGAAUUGUAUUUGAAAAAAAAUUAACUUGUAAUUAUGGGCACAAUUAAUUUUUUUAUUAAGGGAUAUAUACAAUUUAUUAGAAAUAUUAUUUGAGACACCUGUAUAUAUAUAGUAUGUAUAAAAUUGAGUUAACACUGUUGAAAAUGUUAUGUAACAGGAUAAUGAUCCACUCGCGGUAUCAAACAGUAAUCAAAAACGAAUCUUUUUUGACAAAUUGACAUUCAACAUUCCAAAACUGGAUCUGUAUUAUUUUAAAAACAAACUAUAUGUUACAGGGUUAAAGUAAAAUCAUGUAUCCAAAUAAAUGCCAGAUAUUUUAUUUA